AUGGCGACCCCAUUUGUGAUUGGAUUCUUGAUAUAUAAAUGGCGUAGGAGACAUUUAUCGGCGUUUGACAUCAUUGAAGAAUUUUUACAAAAUAACAAUAAUCUCAUGCCAAUAAGGUAUUCGUACUCAGAAAUUAGGAAAAUGACCAAAAAUUUUAAGGAUAAACUAGGUGAAGGAGGCUAUGGCACUGUCUUUAAGGGAACACUUAGAAGUGGCCGACUUGUAGCUGUAAAGAUGUUAGGUAAGUCCAAAGCUAAUGGGCAAGAAUUUAUCAGUGAAGUUGCAACAAUUGGAAGGAUUCAUCAUAUUAAUGUAGUUCAACUAAUUGGCUUUUGUGUUGAGGGAUCAAAACGUGCUCUUAUAUAUGAGUUUAUGCCCAAUGGGUCUCUCAAUAAAUACAUUUUUUCACAAGAAGGAAGUAUUCUUCUAAGCUAUGAGAAAAUGUAUAAUAUAGCUUUGGGAGUAGCUCAUGGUAUUGAGUAUUUGCAUCGAGGAUGUCAAAUGCAGAUUCUGCAUUUUGAUAUCAAGCCUCACAAUAUUCUUCUUGACGAAGACUUUACUCCUAAGGUUUCUGACUUUGGUCUAGCAAAAUUGUAUCAUAUGGAUGACAAUACUAUUUCUUUAACUGCUGUAAGGGGGACGUUAGGAUACAUGGCCCCUGAGUUGUGCUACAAAAAUAUUGGAAGCAUCUCGUACAAAGUUGAUGUUUAUAGUUUUGGAAUGUUAUUGAUGGACAUGAUGGGUAAGCGAAAGAACUUUAAUGCAAUUGCAGACCAAUCAAGUAAAUACUUUCCCACUUGUGUCUAUGAGGAAGUGCAAGAUGAAAAUGGCAUAAGAAUAGAAAAUGCCACAGAAGAGGAAAAGAAAAUAGCCAAGCAGAUAAUUGUAGUUGCUUUGUGGUGUAUACAGAUGAAACCUAGUGAUCGUCCUUCAAUGAAUAAAGUUGUAGAAAUGCUUGAAGGAGGUAUUGAAAGUUUACAAAUACCUCCCAAGCCUUUUCUAUCAUUAGUGGAGAGAGAACCAGAGGAUCUUGAAGACAAUUCAAAUCAAACUUUCUCGUCAAUUCAAUCAAGUCAAUAUACUCAAUCGUCGAUCCGAAGUAAUUGA